AUGGAGACCGCCGAAGAAGUGAUGAAACAUCUCGAGACAACCUUUGGCAAGCAAGAUCAUUUUGCGUGCCAAAGUAUAUCCUCAGCGUUGAUUGCAUCAAUGAUGAUUGAUGGCACCACCAUCCUGGAUCAUAUGAUGAAGCUUAAUAACCACUUCCAGGACCUUGAGGCGGUGGUUAAGAAUGUCUCUGAGCUUACUAACAUGCUUGUUGAAGCAGAAAGUACGCUCAGGAAGAGUAAAGUAAUAGCUCUUGUCACUGAGAAAAGUUCUCAGUCUUCAAAGAACAAAAAGAAGAAGAGAACAAAGAAAGGGAAGAAAGGAUCAACUAAUAUGUGGUGUAUGGACUCUAGAUCCACCGCACACAUUUGUAAUAUGUUGCAGAGGUUUCAGGAGAACAGAAAGAAUGAGAUCACCCUCAAAGUAGGAACUGGAGAUGAAGUCGACGUAGUAGUUGUCGGAACAUAUUUUAUUCGUUUUAGUAAUGACAUACUUCUCAUCGGGAAUGAUGUAGGAAUGCUAUCUUCUGUAAAGAUAUGGCUAUCUACAAAUUUCUCAAUGAAAGACUUAGGUGAUGCCACGUAUGUAGUUGCAGAUGAUGCUUAUCUUGCUGGACUUGAGAUUCAGACAUCCGAGUAUGAUGACAUUGGUGCCGAGGACCUAGAGGCUAUGACUGAGGAGCACGGCAAUGGAUGUCCUUGCAGGGACUGUGCCUACGACCCUUUCCAAGUUCAGGCAGCUGGCAAAGCCGCCACCGACGAUUACGAUUAUGGCGGCGAUGACGCGGGAGCAGAUACACCACCGGCACCGCCACCGGCACAAGACAAUUGUGCUGGGAUCUUUCUAUCUUACACUUUCAUGAGUCGAGAGAAAGAAUACCCACAUACUAAGAAUGCAACUGCACAGGCAUGGGCUUUUAAAUCCAUGGCUACAAUACUCAAUGCAGGAGAUGUGGAACUCCAAAAUUGGCAGAUAUAUAUAGGGUUUCAACACAAAGAGAUUCUAGUUUCGGCAAGUAAUGCUGUUAUUUUGGAUGGUGAUGAUUUCCCUGCUUCUGUUGGAAAUGGAACUAGUCUAGUUGGAUAUCCACAGACAGAUUUGAAAACAUCCAUUGAAACAGCAAAUGAUUUUACACAGAUUCAGACGCAGAUUGAGAUGACUGGAACACAAUUUGGGGUGAAGCCACCUGGGAUUCCAAUGCCCAAGACUAUAAAACUUGAUAUGGAUGCCUACAAAUGCCCUGCACCAACCAAAGCCAACAAGGGUUACACAAUGUAUGUAUGUUGUCACAAGAACCCAAAAUUCAAGGCCAAGAAACCUAAAUCAGUAAAGUUCUUGCCUAGACAAGAAGGUGACCUAUCUAUCUCUUAUGAUAUUACCCAAGCAAACGCAGGUAACUACCUUGCCCAGGUAACCCUGGAGAACACACACCCUCUUGGACGUCUUGAUCAUUGGAAUUUGACUUGGGAAUGGAUGAGAGGAGAAUUUAUAUUCUCAAUGAAAGGAGCUUAUACUCACCUGAAAGAUCCUUCCGAUUGCCUUUACGGCCCCGCCGGACAAUACUACCAAGAUUUCGACUUCAGUACUGUCCUGAAUUGUGAAAGAAAACCAAUCAUAUCUGAUCUUCCUCCUGAUAGAGCCAAAGAUGAUAAAAUUGGAAAUGUUCCAUUCUGUUGUCGAAAUGGUACUCUGUUACCAACAACUAUGGAUGAAACCAAAACCAAAGCUGCCUUUCAAAUGCAGGUUUUUAAGAUCCCACCUGAUAUGAACAGAACAGCAAUAUUUCCUCCUCAAAGAUGGAAAAUCAAUGGUGUUCUUAAUCCAGAUUACAAGUGUGGUGCUCCAAUUAGAGUUGAUCCAACAGAAACACCAGACCCAACUGGUCUUGCCACAACUACUGAAGCUAUUGCAAGUUGGCAAAUUGUUUGCAACAUCACUAAACCUAAAACCUCUUCUUCUCACUGUUGUGUCUCCUUCUCUGCUUUCUAUAAUGAUUCUGUUAUCCCAUGUAAUACCUGUGCCUGUGGUUGUUCUGAUACUGAAACUUGCAAUCCAAAUGCCAAAGCUAUGCUUCUACCACCAGAAGCCCUUCUUGUUCCUUUCGACAACAGAACAGCGAAAGCUAAAGCUUGGGCGAAAUUGAAACAUUAUAAAGUUCCAAAUCCAUUACCUUGUGCUGAUAACUGUGGAGUUAGUAUAAAUUGGCAUAUCUCAUCUGAUUACAGAAAAGGAUGGACAGCUCGUAUCACUCUAUUCAAUUGGGAAGAAAUCAAUUUUGAAGAUUGGUUUACUGCAAUACAAAUGAACAAAGCUUAUGCUGGUUAUGAGAAUGUUUACUCAUUUAAUGGAACAAGGGUUCCAGAACUUGAGAAAACUAUAUUCUUCCAAGGCUUACCAGGUUUGACUUACUUGAUGGGAGAGACAAAUGGAACAGAUCCAAAACGUGGUCCAAGAGUACCAGGUAAGCAACAAUCAGUGAUUUCAUUCUCGAAGAAAAAGACUCCAGGGAUUAAUAUAGUUAAAGGAGAUGGGUUUCCUACAAAAGUGUAUUUUAAUGGAGAAGAAUGUUCUCUUCCUACAGUAUUCCCUAAAAGUGAUGGUCAUAGAUCAUCUCAUUUUAGCCUUCUACCCUUAAUUUUCCUUACAAUAAUGACUUUUGUGUUUAUGACCGACCACCACCUACAGUGAUGAAAAUUCUUCAUUCAGAUUUUUA